AUGGAACCACACAUAAUAGAAAUGAUUGAUUGGGUUGAUGGUGAUGUUAAUGAUGAAGGUGAUGUUGCAAGACAAGUGGAGGGUGAGGCUGAGGGUGAGGUUGAGGGUGAGGAUGCGAGUCAGGUUGAAGUUGGAACAGAAAUGGAGGAGGGUCACUGUGAGGGUGAGGUUGAAGGUGAGGCUGAAGUUGGAACAGAAAUGGAGCAAGGUGAGAGUGAAGUUGCUAAACAGAUUGAACAUGUUGAGGAUGGUGAAGUACAUGAUGUAGAGGAGGUUGAGGUACAUGAUGCAAAUGAUUUUGAGCUAGAAGAUGUAGAAGAGGAUGAGAAUGAGGAUGAUCAUGUAGAUGAGGCUGAGGAUGAGGCUGAGGAUGAGGUUGAGGAUGAGGCUAAGGAUGAGGCUGGAGAUGAUGGUCAGGAUGAAGAUGUAGAUGAGUCUGUGAGUGAAGAAAGUCUAGUUGAUGUCACCAUUGAGUGUGGCAUUGGUACUUCGAAAGGAAAUGUGAGGGAAGAACAACCUUUCAGUUCAGUAGGUGAGUCUUCAAGGACAACUGAUAAUGAAUCCAUGCAUGAUGUUCGUGGCUUGUCUGACAUUGAGUGGGUGUCAGAUUAG